GUGGGAAACAGACGCGCAGAGGUUCUUCUCCAUCCGUCGUUGGUUGCGUUAGAAAAGGAGCGUUAUUGUUGAAAGUGUAACAGUUUCAACACCCGAGCGCACACCGGGCUCCCUCUGGCCUCCAGCCAUGUCGGAGUCGGGUCACAGCCAGCCCGGCAUGUAUGGCCAGGGACGCCGGAGGAGGCGACGUCGGGACAGAGAUGUUGGACCUCCGGGCCAGAAUCUGUCCGGUCCCAGUCGAGACCGUGAUUACCAACCGAGAGAAAGGAGGGAUGGCAGCGAAGAUCCACCAGGCAUUCUCAUUCAGAAGACACCGAUCAUUCUGGCCAAGCCUCCAGGAGAAAGGGCAAAGCCAGCGCAGACUGCUCCUGUCAGCGGGACUCCGGUCCUGGAGAAGCCCAUCACACUCAUGAAAGCCAGGGACGAUGGAGGGAAACCAGGAACGCCUCCAGAGGCGGCAGCUCAGUCCUCCGGUUCUGGACCCUCCAAGAUGGAAAGAGAGGGCCAGCGGCCCACCCAGCCCGUCUACCAGAUCCAGAACAGAGGAAUGGGGGCGACUGCAUCGAGUGGGGCUGUGGACCCCAUGGUCGGUCAGUCGAAACUCAUUCCUCCAGAGAAGAUGAAGCACAGCAUCAAGCUGGUCGACGAUCAGAUGAACUGGUGUGACAGUGCCAUGGAGUAUUUGAGGGACCAGACAGACAUGCUGGUGGUGGGAGUCCUCGGCCCGCAGGGAAGUGGAAAAUCUUCCAUCAUGUCCAUGUUGUCUGCGAACACUCCUGAAGAAGAUCAGAGGAAUUAUGUAUUCAGAGCACAAACUCAGGAGAUCAAAGAAAGAGGAGGGAAUCAGAGCACGGGCAUCGACUUUUUCAUCACGCAGGAGAGAGUUAUAUUCCUGGACACACAGCCGAUGCUCAGCCCAUCUAUUUUGGAUCACCUGAUCAACAAUGACCGGAAGUUACCUCCUGAGUACAAUCUUCCUCAUACCUACAUAGAGAUGCAGUCUCUUCAGAUCGCCGCCUUCCUCUUCACUGUGUGCCAUGUGGUGAUUGUGGUUCAAGACUGGUUCACUGACUUGAACCUUUACAAGUUUCUUCAGACUGCUGAGAUGCUGAAACCUUCCACGCCUUCGGCAAGCCACGACAGCACCGGCUCCUCGGGCAGCGACGAUGGCGCCGAGUAUUAUCCUCACAUAGUGUUCCUCCAGAAUAAAGCCGGACGGGAUGAUUUCAGUCCGAGAAAACUGAAGAACAUGCAUUUGGUGGUGGAUAAACUCAUGGCCCAUUCUCAUCUGAAAUACAAAGGCACGUUGUCCAUGCUGGAGUGCAACAUCUUCCCGGGCCUGGGCCAGGACUUCCUGUCACCUGAGGUUAACAUGUUCCUGCUUCCCGUGCAGGAGAUUGAUGGGGAGGAUAAUCUCACGAAAACAGGUUCGGGGACGUACCCGCUCUUCUCUCUGCUCCCCGGGUACAGGGGUCACCCGUCAUUCCCCACCAUGAUUUCAAAACUCCGCAGCCAGAUACUGGCGAUGCCCCGCUGCCAGCUGUCACACACCAUCCUCACUGAAAAAAACUGGUUUCACUAUGCAGCUCGCAUAUGGGAUGGAGUGAAGAAGUCUUCGGCUCUCUCUGAAUACAGCCGCCUGCUCUGCUAACGGCUCAAGGACCACGAUGCUGCGUCCUCUUCUGUCUGGACGGCUCGCCACUGAUAGGGAAGCACAUGGCUGAAAGUCUGAGCCGUUUAUGGCAACCCUGCAGGACGGAGAAGUGAUGGCAGGCUAUAAUGAUCAUUGUUAUUCUGUAAACCACAUUUUUCAAUGCGUGGAAAAAGAAUGAAAUGAUCUGGACUGACGAGUGAAAACGUUUCCUGUCCGCUGCAUCAAGUCGUAUCGACGGGCUCAGUCCCACCAAACGCAGAAGUGCUGAGAGUGAAAGACAAUGGAAACCCACAGUCUGACUCAUGUCUGGACAAGAUGUGGUAAAAAUCUUUAUUUGACAGCCAUGAAUGUGGAAUGAUGGUGGGUGUGUGUGAGUGGUGAAGAUGUUUGUGCGCCACAGAAGCAUUUGGAACGUCAAAUUGAAAAAAAAAAAAAAAAACCAGUUAAUUAUUUGUUGUGUAUGAAUGGAGGGUCAAUGUCAUCAUAAACAAUAAAAAGAUAAAGG